UCAUGAUGAGCAAAGAAAAUAAGGUUUUGAAGGCAGUUGUAACACACCGCACUUGUGGAGUAUGCAAAUGGUGAAAGAGAAAUAGACCAGGAGUAAAAGUCCGGGAACAUCGUUGUGUGUGGAAUCACAGAGGAUCUGCCAGGGCCAUGGAGAGUGAAGCAGGCCUGAAAGCCAUCAAGGAUAUGAUCCAAGAAGGUUUUCAGUAAAAAUGGGCUUUCCCCUGGUCACUUCAACAUGAAGUUCUCCAACAAAGUGGAUGAAUACAGGGUGAAACGAAGGGAGAAGAUGAGAUUGCCAGGGACAAAAAGGAAAAGAUGUCUUAUCCUAAAACAAGAAAGAGCAAUGCAAAUGAAUGCAUCCGAGGCAUUUGAGGGGUCCACCUGUCAAUCAGAGAUUGGUUUAGGUACCGAGGCUGACAUUGAACAGAUUCCGAAUCCCAUUCCCAAGCCAAAUUUUUGUGCUGUCCGAAAGCUGAAGAACACGGAGGCAAAGUACAUUAUAUUUGAUUUUGAAACUACAGGCCUUAUCAGACAAGGAGCUAUGCCUCAUAUAACUCAAAUUGGCGCAGUGGAGAUAGAGUCUGGAAAUGUGUUUUCAACUUAUGUUCAGCCAAAGAUUCCAAUAGAGCCCGGAGCAGAAGAAACAACAGGAAUAGUCUGUGAUGGGACCUCUGUAUUUGCACAUGGAUCCAAAGUCACUGCAGUCCCCAUACGUGAAGCGAUAUUGAACUUCCUCAAGUGGCUAGGUACAUUUGGCAAAUAUGGAAUUAUACUGAUUGCUCACAAUGGCCGUGUGUUCGAUUUCCGUGUCCUUUCCCGUACCAUUGACUGUAUUGGAUUACAGGAAGACUUUCUAGAAAUAGUGUAUGAUUUUACUGACUCAUUGUCAUUGAUUCGUUCAAAACAUAAGAAACUUGAAAAGUAUUUACAGAUUUUUUUUUAUCUAAGCACUUCUGUAAUGAGACUUAUUCUGCACAUGAUGCAGUGGAAGAUGUGAAAAUGCUCUCAAAAAUUUUAUCAGUUGCUGUUUCACAAAGUGAAUUGUCAAAAGCUGCAUAUGAUGCAGAAACCCCUUUUCUUCAACA